AUGCGCGUCGCUUCCUGGGCCACCAGACCCAGCGGUGCGCUAAGCCUCGGGACCUGGGGUCCCCGCAGCCACCGCAACGGCGCCCUCCCUGCCUACAGGGUGUCAGCCCGGGCUGGCUCUCAUGUUCUGGAAACUCAAUUGGAGCACAGAAAGGACAAGUUGGGAGGGAGGCCUGGGGUGCUGUAUAUGUCUGCUGGUGCGGGCCAGAACAUCUGCGAAUCUAUCUUAAUGCGGCUCCCUGUCCUCCAGGGGAGAGGCAGUUGUAUACCUUAG